UGCUUCCCGCUUUCCCCAGAGAAACAUGGCCGGGAGCAGUGAGGAGGCGCCAGACUACGGGCGAGGCGUCGUGAUUACGGACAAUUGGCCAGGGUACGACCUGAAUUUGUUCACGUACCCACAGCACUAUUACGGAGACUUGGACCACGUUCUCAUACCUCAUGGCAUCAUUGUGGACAGAAUUGAGCGGCUGGCUAAGGAUAUUAUGAAAGACAUAGGAUACUGUGACAUUAUGGUCCUGUGUGUGCUUAAAGGAGGCUACAAGUUCUGUGCAGAUCUUGUAGAACACCUUAAGAACAUUAGUCGAAAUUCUGAUAGAUUCGUCUCUAUGAAGGUUGACUUCAUCAGAUUAAAAAGUUACAGGAACGACCAGUCCAUGGGUGAGAUGCGGAUAAUUGGAGGCGAUGCUCUUUCAACACUGGCUGGAAAGAAUGUCCUCAUUGUUGAGGAUGUUGUCGGAUCGGGGAGGACCAUGAAAGCUUUGCUCAGCAGCAUAGAGAAAUACAAGCCCAACAUGAUUAAGGUAGCCAGUUUGUUGGUGAAGAGAACAUCUAGAAGUGAUGGCUUUAGACCUGACUAUGCUGGCUUUGAGAUUCCAAACUUAUUUGUGGUGGGUUAUGCCUUAGAUUACAAUGAAUACUUCAGAGAUCUGAAUCACAUAUGUGGGAUCAAUGAACACGGCAAAGAAAAGUAUCGAGUCUAAAGAAGUAAAUUUUCACCAUCGAAUCUCCGGAAAACAUCCUACUUACGAUGACGCUCAGAAAGCCAGCACGUAAAGCCUGUCUCCCAGGCCUCUUCACUCAGCAGGAUUUAAAAGGGAAAAAGCAAAAAAUUUAAUGAGAGAGCUUUCUUUUCUGAGAUUACAACAUAACAUAAAGAGUCCCAGAGGUUCUUAAGGGAAAAAAAGCAAUGCUUCCAUCUGACUUGCUCCAAAUUAAACACUCCGCCUUGUGACUCACGAGCUCAGUCUACCUUCACACCCCUGAGAUACACCUUCUUGUGUUUUCAUAAACUCAUUAUGCUCGAUGUCUGUACCCCACCUAGUUACUCAAAUAUUUUUCACUGAGCUUUUUUUUUUUUAAUAUUCUACUUUGGUAACAUUUUGCAAUCUGAAAACCUAGAAGCCUUUUAGGUGAAACUCUGAGCCCGUAUACUGGAAAUGCAACUCAAUUCCCAGACUAAUAAAGGAGGAAAAGGACAAUUUAAUAUAAAUUUCUGUUUGCGCACUUCUGACAGGCCAUUAUUAUUUGCUUUGACAAAGCCUCUCUGAACAGCAGCGUACAGUGAAUCUUAAUGAUGUUAUGAAAUGGACCUUUGCCCAGUGCUCUCGAUUGGGGCUUCCGGGUUUGUGAUAACGGUAUGUCAUGUAUGCAUGGAUGUACUCAACUGUGUUUAAUACUUUGAAUUUUAAUUAGAAAAAACACAAUGGCAGCAAGGCCCUGGUUUCUAAGCGCCAUCCUUUUAUUCACGUGGGACAUGAGCAAAUAGCAAAAUUGUGGGGGGAGCGGGGCAGUGUUUUCAAUGCUCGAAACUAAACAAGUAUAAAUUUUUCCUCUAUCUCCAUCAGAGGGAAAGACACAAUUAUGGAUUAUCCUAAACAUGAACACAGAGGUUGAAUUAUUUUUUAAAGUGGCCUUGGGAGACCGAUCACACAAUCCAAGGCAUUCUAGGAAGCUAGGGGACUUAAAAGUUUUUUUCUGAAUGCCAUUUUUUUGCAUUUCCAAUGUUUUAUGAGAUGUUUUCUAAUUUAAUGGGGAUUUUAAUUGAAAAUAAACUGGCGUGCCAAUAGAGCUGUUGUUUUUUGUUUUGUUUUGUUUUGUUUCUUCCCUCGCUUCCUAAAAGGAGCAAAUGCAAAGUAAAUAACGAAGCAGCCUUUGUUUGGUUCUGAACCGUGCGUGGUGUAUUGUUAUCAGGUCCCAGCUUCCUUUAAACUAAUAAAGAGUAAGAAAACUUGUUAUGUUUCAUAA